AUGAUCCGAAGAGUCUCUUCCCGUCAACGCUUGGUUUCUUGGGAUGCCUUUGAUGCCACUGCGGCCAAUCCUGCCGAAUUUACAUCGUCUUCCGAUGAAGAGGAAGGAUGGAAUCAACAACACGCAUCCUCUGCUCCUCAGACCACCACGAUGAUGAUCAGUCGCAAACGAGAAAGAUCUAAGCAAAAUGCGCCCUCUUCUCCUUUGCCUUCUGCUGCUGCUUCUGCUGUUGCUGUUGCUCCUAGUAGCAACAACACUACUGUUCGCAAUGCGAAUGCAACAACCAAAACAUCAAUGAAUGUUCCUGCCUUUGCUUGGGAAUUUGCAGCCUUUCAACCGCAGCCAAUGGACCAAGUACCAGAAGAUGUUUACCUUUACAUGUGUUCUUUUCUCGACUUGCCCUCUAUCCGCAAUGUUAUGGCAUUGAAUCACAAGUUUCGCCAGUUGUUGUUGUCUGCAGACUCGUUUUGGAUGACCAAGUGCCAGAGUCUGUGGGAAGGAUUAAUGCCAUCAAAUGCCUUGCUCGUGGACUCGACCAUGAUUCCAACAGUCCUCAAAGGACCCAAUUGCAACAUGACGGUCAAUCUUCCACUACUGAUUAGCAUGACGCCUGCCAAUCUACCCACCAAGGUCGACGAGACCUUGUUGGGAACUUGCCGACGAGUUCAUCGCACAGUUCGUCUCAAUCAUCACAGUCGUUCCUUGCAAAUCAUUGAACGUACAUUGACUCCCAAUCAAGAUGAAUUGGUGGUGAUUACUUGCCAAAACAAGAAAAGCAUUCAAUAUACGGGGCGAGUUGGUUCGGGAGACCGCUGCAUUCGUUCCAAUCAUCCCCUGCCGCGACCCACGCGAAGCACCAAUGACGGCACCAGCAAAUCUUCCACCACUAGUAUGAGCCAAAAGAGAGGAUUUUUGUUAAAAAAGGCAACAACUGGAAAACCCUCUUCCCUCUUUGAUCUCUUGUGCCGAGGUUCCAGCAGUGCCAUUUACGGAAGAUCCCUUUCGCAUAUUGAACGACCUUUCUGCGCACCCUACGUGGAUGGCCAUAAUAACAACAGCAAUAACAAUUUGACGCUCCGAGUGGGUCCACGCAUGGUGGCCUAUUUUGAAGUUUCCAUUUUGGAGUCGUCUUCCAACACCCAACGAUCGCCUCGGGAUUGCGUCGCCGUUGGAGUGGCCACCGAGUCCUUUUCGUGUCAGACUCGAAUGCCCGGAUGGGACGCCCAAUCCUUUGGCUACCAUGGUGAUGAUGGAGGCACCUUUCAUGCGUCCGGGGCCAUGUUGGAACGAUUUGGUCCGUGUUUCGGAACGGGUGACACCGUUGGAUGUGGGAUUGAUUAUGUGGCCCGAGGUAUCUUCUUUACCUUGAACGGAGUCUUUUUGGGCUAUGGAUGGAAGCAAAUUGAUUCGGAAUUCUUGGAAAAUAAUCUAUUUGGAGUGGUGGGCAUUGAUACCAAUGAUCCAGUCUCGGUCAAUUAUGGUAACGUUCCAUUUCAAUUCAACUUGACUCGGUUCACCAGCAAACAUGACCAGCUGAUUACGCAUCAAUAUCAACACCAUACUACUAUCAAGAAGGAAACUGUUGAGGAUGAUACUUCCGAGUUGGCAGACUUGCCAUCGUAUCCAGAAAUAUAA